GACGCCACGAGAAGGGCGAGAGCUCUGCAACUAUCCGAACAAUUAAUUCGAGCCCCGACAAAGCAAAAGAUCUUUCGCACAAACAUUACACGAUAUUUAUAGAGUGACCCUCUUUCUCUCCAAUUUCUGUACAUCGCCUUUCUCCAAUUCUCUUAUAUUUCUCGUUAUAAGUCGGUGGCCAAGGCAUAGAGGGGUCACUCCUUGAAUCUGUUUCUGCACUCUGUGAGGUUCUUAUCUCCCUGAAUAAAUUACUUUCCGCUUGCAGAUGGUAAGAGGACCUUAACAAUGUCAGUCUCAUCAGUUGAAAGUAUGGCGUCUCUAAGCAGUGAUCUUUGCUACGAUAUACUUAAGCGUCUGGAUGGUGCUACAUUGGCCAGUGCUGCAUGCACUUGUGCAGCAUUCUGUUCUAUUUCAAGAGAAGAGAGGCUGUGGGAAAAUGUUUGUUCUUCUAUGUGGCCUUCAACUAAUAGGGAUGAUGUCAAAAACUUGAUCUCUUCAUUAGGUGGGUUCAAAAAAUUUUACGCUGAUUGCUUUCCGCUCAUAGUAAAUAAGGAGGUUCCUGAAUUUCACUGGAACGACUAUUAUGAGUAUCCUCAAGAAUGGACUGAAGCUGAAUAUUACGGCGAUGAGGAUGAGGCCGAAAGUAUUUCACCAUCAGAUUUUGUGUCUAUUGUGGAUAUCAGAUAUAAAGAUAAAACAAUCUGUUCAAGAGUUCUCUGGGGUAUCCCCAAUGCAAAUAGCUUUAAUGGUUGGUUUUACAAUUGCCCUUUUCGGGUUGAUCUUCUUGCAUAUUCGGCUAUCAAUGAUGACCAAACAGAUGAAGUUACGGUUUCACUAUCCGAUGGGCUGCCUCCAAUUUGGUCCAUGGAACGAGAGAGGAAAGACGGAAAGGUCUGGCAAGAGCUCCGCGAUGGCAUCAGGCUUAGCUGGAUUCUUGUUAACAAAAAAACAAAGAAAGCUGCUAAUCUUUCCAGUUGGAGCCCUAUUGGAGGACAGAGACAUUGGCCCACAGAGAACGACUUCUUGUUACGUUUUGGUUCUGUGCUUCCCGCCAAAGAUAUUCUUCCAUGUCAAGUGGUGGAGUGCAUUCUUAUCAUGAAGUUCAGAGUGGCUCGUAUCGAGGAUGAAGAAACCCAUACUACUCUCAAGUUGACGGAACUGAGCAUGCAACUGGGAGACAUGGAAGGUUCUCACGUUAACGGUAGAAACAGCCUGCUCGUUCUGAGAGAAGCACUUAGCUGUCCAAGAAGCAAGAAUUAUAGUGAGGCCCUCGAGUCUUGUCAACUGUACUCAAAAGUUCAGAGCGAGCUCAAGGAGGAGAAGAUGAGAUACGAGAACAGGUUAGAUACACUCUGGAUUCUAGGAAGUAUUGCAGCUUGCGUGACUUUUUGUCUGUACUGUCUGUGAAACGGAAGUUUGUUCAUUAUAAGUUGUCUGUCACUCAGUUUUGUUUGCACAUAUGGUAGUAGCUUGUAGCUGAAUUUCCUAAGUAUGCCGUGAUAAUUUUGCUUUACUUGUGUGUUAAAGGAAAUGAUGUACACUGUUGAGACCCACUCUUUAUUGCUAAGAGUAAAAUAGAUGUCGAAAUAAAGGUUCGACAUCUUUAUGAGUACGUUACUUCCCUGAAUCCCCUUGAAUCCA